GAGUUACCCGUAUGUUGGCGAGCGUAGACGAAUGUAGUGCAGCGGUCGCGAAGGAAGAUUGUGCAUGUUCUUCUCUACGAUUUUCCUCUCGACGUGUUGCAGCAGAUAUUCGGUACGGUUAAUUUUACUAAUUACUAAUCUCGUGAAAUAUUCGUCGAUGGUUUUACCAAAUUCUGACUUAAAUUAAUACGAAAAUCGAAAAUAAACUGAACCGUUAACGGUCAUUUACAAGUUGAUCGACCUGCUUUCCGUUCCAUGGCAAAUCAACUGACAUUUUUACAGGACUCGAAGGCUAAAAUUUUUUAAAAUAGUGGGAUGUUUUAGUUGUUCAGAGGCGCUAAGAGGUCACAGACAUCGAACGGCAAAAUGAAUAGGACGUCAUUAGCUGCAAGUCCAACACUCAGUGAUCAAACAAUCAGGUUUCGAGAAUGUAUGAUGUCGAGAUUGAACAAAGCAUUACUGCAAGUCUCUCCCAGCUAUCCUAUACUUGAACAUUUACCUCUGAAAAGUGAUCAUUCUAGUUGUGAUAAAAGGGUUAGUCAAAUGGAACGUGACAACGCAGCUUCGAAUAUACGAUUGCUCAAUAUUUUCUACGGUUACACGUCCUCUACCUUCGCCCUCGCCCUUCAUAUACUCGACAGGCUACUCGCUACUAUGCAAGAUAUUGAAAGCCGACAUUUGUCGGCAUUGGCAACUACUUGUUUUUACAUGGCAGCAAAAGUAACGGAAGAGGAACAAGCCGUACCAAACUUAUCGCACCUAAUUCGCAUAUCUCAGUGUUCCGCAACACCCAACGAUAUUCUUGCAAUGGAGAGAAAUAUUAUUUAUUGCUUAAGAGGUCCUUUCUUCGUUGCUCCCACGCCGUAUCUCUUCUUGUUCUAUUUCAAUGAAAUCCUCGUUUCUUCGACCAAUGCUCAUUUAUUGCCUGAGGAUUUAUACCCUUGUCUUUGUGCCAAAGUAGAGGUGCUUAUGUGCAAUGCGAAAUUCAACUCUUUUCACCCUUAUCGCGUUGCCCUGACUUUACUAGAAAUAGAACUGAGAGAACGUGAUCUGCUGCUACUAUUUGACGGUAUUAUAUCCGAUUUGUACCAGUUCUUUCAGACGGACGCGGAAAGUCUUGAACAAUGUGAAAGCGCAGCAAAACAAGUACUGGAAAAUUAUAAAACCAGUAGGAUCAAGCGACCUAAGAACAACUUGAAUUGGGCUGUUUCAAAGCGUACUCUGUCAAAAUUAAGACCAAGUGCGAGGUUAAUGCAUGAUCUGGAAACUAUUGCUGAAGAUGACUCGAUUCCCCAGGAUGUUAUGUUCCGCACACCGCUCAAUUCUGAGGGCGAAAGCGAACCUCGUACGCCAGAACCCGAACACGAUUAAUUUGCGCUUCGAUUAAACAGGUUUCGUUCAUUGUGAUAAGUUUGUGAUAGACUGCACUAUUUUUCUCCUUUUUUCGCUGUCUCUGCAUGUAUGUGGACAAGAAUGAAAGUGUUGCUAGUAAUAAUGUCAGUAUUCACACCUGAAUCAACAUUCCUCGAUAUGUAGUAGAUAUUUUACAGAGUAUAAUAGUGUGUCAGGAAUAUUAGCGUUCUGCUGAUUUGUGUCGUUUAAAUUGUGCCAAUGUUAAAGACUUGCGUGAUUGCUUCCUGCAAAAUUUCUCACCGUAGUGCUAAAAAUUGUGCGAAUGUGUGUUAUAGUAGCGGUGCUUACGUUAUAUUUUUCAUGAGAUUCUAAUAGGCUCAUUCAGUGUUCACUAUAUUUGCCUAACAGAAUGCAAGUGUAAUUGGGUUUAUAGGGUUAAGGCGUAACUGUUUCUAGUCCGUAAGAUGUUCUCGGUCACAGUAUGAUCAAAAUACUUCUUUAGUGCUACCUUACUUUUUAGUGUUCAUAUCAACUCGGCAACAUCUCAUGUCUAGUCUGUAUAACUAAGUUGUAAAAAAAAUACGAGAUCGUGCAUACUAUAAACUGUGCGAUUCCCGCUCUGACAUAUAGUAUUCGACUAUCUAUUUGCUCAUUCAAAAUUUUAAUACGCUGAUCGCAUCCUUGUUUCUAUGCAUUUCAAAGUAGCGGACAGUGUUUUACUCUCUAGUAAAAUUUCCUGUAUUAGUAAGAAUGAAUGUCGCUAUUUGGUGUGCAUUUUUUUGUUUAUUUUUGCCAUUUAUGAAGAUUGUAUGAUUUUUUUGUUGCGUGUCAUACUUGUAGAAGAUGUAUUAGCAGCGUGCGCGAGAAUCCGUAUGCAUUAUUUUACUGAGAUAUGCUGUAGUUGCCUUUGUCCGUUCGUAUUACAUAUGCAUCGAUCGUAUUAUGACAUAUUUGAUUAGCGUAAAUUUUAGAGCUGCUGCAAUGUAGAAAUCUCAAAUCUUGUCGAUCUUGUGAUACGGAUACACGUUUGUGGUUUGAUGUUGUGAUGAAAGUUGGUGCAAAAAUACUGCACACGACACUUACCUACUAAAUACUUACCGUAUACAUAGAUCUAUAAAUAUAUAUUUAUGUAUAUCGUACGUACUCUUUUUUUACGUACAUAUACAUAACGUUAUGUUCCUACC